AUGUCAACUUUUGUUAGUUUAUGUUCUGCAUCAUCAUCAUCAUCAUAUAAAAAAUUAUAUAAAAAUACAAUAAAUAAUUAUGGAAUCAUUAAUAAUAAUCAAUAUAUCAAUGUGAAAUCAAUUUCUAUAGAAAAAUUAAAAAAUUAUUUUUAUCGAUUAGAUCAAUUACCAUUUAUUGAUGAAAUGUAUCAAAAUGAUAAAUAUCCAAAUAUAUACGCAUCAUUUGAUGAAUUUAGUAUCGAUUGUAUGGAUAAUCAAAAGAAUUUUAUUAAAAAUCAAUCAUCUUCACACAAAACUUCUAGUAAAUUAUGUGGCUGUUUCACAACAAGAUAAUAUUGUCCGAUAUUUAUUUGGAAGAAAGCAUUUAUUAUAACAAAUGCACAUACUACUUACUUGCUUACUUACUUACUUACCUACCUACCUACCUACUUGCUUACUUACUUACUUAUGCCUGUUACUCCUGAUGGAGCAUAGGCAACCGGCCAACAUUUUCCAACUCUCUAAAAAAAAGCGCCAACUAGAAAAAAUAAUUCAAAUGCACAUAUAAAAUCUAUAUAUUGAUUGUUGAAUUACUGGAAUUGGGAUUUCUUUUCUUCGUUUGAACAUGUAAUGCAUAUACAUAAUUAACGUCUCCUGUUAUUAUUAUUGUUAUUAUUAUUAUUAUUAUUAUUAUUAUUGUCGAUAUUAUUGUCAUUGAGGUUAAUCAAUUGAAUAAUUCAUUGUUAUUUGAUUGAUUUAAUAGUUGAAUUCAUGAGUCAACUGAAGCUGGACCACCAUGGAAAACCAUGAAGCAUUAGACGGCCGUUUCGUUCUAGUGUAGGGCUCUUCAGGAAUGCAUAUUCACAAUCCCGUCACGCGAGAUUUGAGACUAACAGGUCCUUGUUUCGAAUCUCGCAAGGCGGUAUCGUGAAUGAGCACUGAUGAAGAGUCCCAUAGUAGGACGAAACGGCUGUCCAGUACUUUGAGGUUUUCCAUGAUUGUCUAGCUUCAACAGAUUCAUGAAAUCAACUAUUAUCUUAAUAUAAUAUCCACAAAAACUCAUUUUUGAUUUAAUUACUUGGUUGAGAAAUGACUGUGAUCAUUUUUAAUGAUGUUUAAAAAAUAAUUAAGAAUUUUUGGAAAGUUUAAAUAAUAAGAUGGUAAAUAAUAGAGAAAAUUUGUAGC